GUUUAGUUUUAAUUCGUAUAUUGUUGUAUGGCGAUGGUUUGCGGAAAUGUUUGAUACGAGUAUAUUGUGGUGCGUAUAAACUCUUUGAGGUGGAUUUUUGACAUUUUUUUUUUUCAAAGUAUCGUUAUAGUUUUUUUUUUUUUUUUUAAAUAUUUUUUCGAUUGUUUUUUUUUAUUUUUCGAAGUGUUCGCGAGUUUUAAUAUGUGAUUCGACUUAGACGUAUAAUUAAUGUUCGAAAUUGGUUGGAAAAUUUUCCACUUCGCUCGUAUCAGGUAUAUUUCAAGACUAUAACGAUGGAUGGAAAACAAUGAAGAUUCACAAUUACAAUACGCUGCUGUAGCUUUUAAUUUCAGGUAUACAGCGGAUGGAAAUUUGGCGACUGAGAGCGUGGCUAGUAAGCCUGCUAGCUACAACGUUCUUCCACACACUGGAUUCGGCAGGCGAUGGCUUCGACUCGGCACAAAAGCCGCACAUACGACAAAAAAGACUGUUAUGGAUCACCUCGGAUGGUCGUUUAGCUCUGCCGCCCGGCACUCACCUCACAAUUACUCCUUCACUUUCGUUACCAUUUGUUCGGUACCCACCGGAUGGUUUUCUUUCUAAUAUGUCCAUUAGUUUACCAUUUAGUAUUGAUUUUGAUUUAUUGGGUUUGACGGAUAACCAAAACCCAUACGGAGUACUGCCUCCUUUAAUAGGACGCAGUCUUGGUAGAAAAGCUGGUUCUUACUUUGCUGAUUACGUAGCUCAGUUUCUCGAAAGAAAAAGAACAGAAAGAUCAGCACCGCCGACUCCGAAACAUUCGCAUUUUCACGGAGGAGAAAGAGCUUUGUUAUACACUGUCGUUGAAGACUUACUAGCAAGUUUUGGUAUGGAUGGUAAAGCUUGCUUGUUAAGGGCGAUUUGCGAAGUACAUAGUCAUUCUUCUAUUCAAAAGUUCGGCCUGCUGGGUGAAAUGUUGCAGUUGUUUUUUUCAGCAAGUAAAUCACCAUUUGCCGAAUUAUUAGACGAAUACGUUGAAGCAGAAAUUGUAGGACGAGAAAAACGAGAAUGCUGGCCGUAUUUCAAAAGUUGCCCAAAGUCCUUAUUUCAACCUGUUCACAACAAAUACACAGAUAACAGUGCCACAAAACAACAGGCAGGAGAUGAAGCAGAAAAUGAAAUACCAACUGACGAAGAUGUAUCGCAGUUGAAUAUUGAUUUGAACCAAAGGAAUAGAAAUUACGCGAUGUAAAAUAUCGAACGAUGAAAUAUUCGACGUAUAGAAUUAGGUACUUUUAUAAGCACUGUAAAUAAUACCUAGAUGUAUAAAUAUGUUCAUAUUUCCAACUUUCCAUUCCAAUUAAUUUAUUCAGUGUAAAAAAAAAUCAUCAAGGGUUCGCAACAACUUGUUUGAUUAGGUACAUGAAGUUUCGUAUAUAUUUUUGAUGAUAAAAGAAUUUUUCAAUGAAUCAGUCUAAUUAGAAAAAAAUAAAUAAAAAAUGAAAUAAAUUCAAACAAGUCCACAGUUUAACCAUCUUGUCUAUUGUUUGUACAUUAUAUUGUGAUACUACACUCUAAUUUUAAGGACAUAUUUCACUUCCUGAAACUAUGCAUCAUUGAUUACAAUUUGAACGUGGAAGGAGCCAACCUCAACUUUGAUUGAAAAAAAAAAAACAACACAUUAUCGACUAACCUUAAUUUAUCCAUUUCAUUUUCGAUAUGGAAAAUUUUUAGAAAAAUAGGCAGCAUGAGAUGAAAUACGGGAAGUGCUUGAAUGAAAGAAAAAAACACGAGAGUUAAUUAUUUAGUAUACAAUUUUUUUUUUGUAAAUCUAUUUUCAUAACAUAUUGUAUGAUAAAUGUAAGUUGUAUUAAAAUCAAAAUUCUAUUUUUGAUGAAGUCAUUAAUAUAUCCGAAUAUUUUUACGAUUAUUUUAAGAUUAUAGCAGAUUCGUUAUUCGUUAAAUCUGACGUAGGUACCAAAGAUUUUCUGAUACAAAUAUUUUUCCUAUAUAAGAACAGAAAAUUUUCUGUGCCAUGGCACUGUUUCGAAUCCACUCGGAUAUUUUUCACUUGUAAUUUGAAAAUUAAAAAAAAAACUAUGCCGAAGAAUAUUACAGACGCUAUAUUAA